AUGGAACGAGGAAGGUUGUACCUGAGCCUUACAUUUGCCAUUGUUAGAAGUCUUGACAUUACCCACGGCGACCACGCCCCUUGGUGGGACGGUGACCUCUGUCCUUGCAACGAUUCGCAUUGCAUACGUCAACGCUCCUUUCCCUCAGACGUGGGUGGCCUGGGCGGGAGCUGCGGUCGGAGGGCGUGGGCGUCAGGAGGAAGACAGCGUGUCAUAACCUACUCUCUGUUUGGAAACUUGACGAAAUACUGGAAUGGCUUGGAAGAUAUACUCGUGACUACUAAACAACACUACCCAGGGUGGAACGUAUGGUUGUACACGAUACCCAGUGGGCGUGAGAACUUCUUCUGCCCUCUCAUGCACGCCCAUCCUCAUCUCUUCCUCUGUGACGUCACCAAUCUUCCCCCGCCCCUUGGUGACGUCACCGAGGUUAAUCCAAGAAUGUGGCGGUUUCUGGCAAUGGGAGACGAAAUGCUGUCUGUUAUGGUUGUGAGGGAUACGGACAGUAAGAUCACCGAACGGGAAUCAAGAGCCGUGGCGGAGUGGCUGACCUACAACACGAGCUUCCACUUGAUGCGAGACCACCCUUUCCACGUCUCGCCCGUCCUCGCAGGCCUCUGGGGCGCCCGCUGGGACCUGAGGAGUAAGGGCGGCUCGCUCCUGUCGCCGGGGGAUAUGAGGAAUCUCAGAGGCGCGAUGGUGGCGAAGGGGAGAAGACCUUACCACAGGGAGCAGGAUCAGAAGGUGUUGUGGCCAGUCAUGACAAGUAGUCUGACGUCCCAUGAUAGUUUCAAAUGCAAGAUGUACCCGGCAGGGACAAGACCGUUUCCAACGAGGCGAGAACAUGGCCUGUAUGUGGGGAACAGAGAGUACACAAACACCACCCGACGACUGUUAGUCAAAAAGCAUUGUCCUCGGGCAUGCCGUCCUCCUCAGCAUCAAGACUGGCUUUUCUGCUAAAUCAUAUAGGAACACACUAAAUUAUUCUUCGAGGGAAUAUAUCCCCUGUGUUUAUCUGUUUAUCUAUCCGUUUGAGUAAUUAUGCCCACAGACAUAG